GAGAGAGAGAGAGAGACAGGCCGUGCAGCAAAACACUAUUGAGGUGAUGGAAAGGAUGAUCAAUCAGAGGGAAGACAAACUUAAGGAGCUUAAGGAAUCAGCUGCAAGAUACCAGGCUCUGCUAGAGAAAGAGCAGCAGGAGAUACAGAAGGUGUUUACUGCAGUGAUGGAGGCGCUGAGGGAAACAGAGCAGGUGCUGAUCGCUCCUCUGGAGGAUGGAAGGAGGUGUUUGGAGAAUGAGAUGGAUGAGAAGACACAACAAAUACAAAAAGACAUCCUCAAGUACAAGGAGGCCAUCGCCACUUUGCAUCACACUAAGAGUGAGGAAGAUGACGUCUUCUUUAUCCAGUCUUACCCGGCUGUGCCAGCUGAGUUCACAGAUGACUGGACGGUUUCCAUUGACACUGAGUUCAACUUUGGCACGAUGAGAAACACAAAGGCAGCCUUAAUGGCGGCGAUUGAGACGCAUCUGGAGAAACUUUGCACUGUCGAAAUUAGAAGGAUCCACAGCUUCUCAGUAAACGUGACUCUGGACGCAGAAACGGCGCAUCCGCACUUACAGGUGUCCGCAGACGGUAAAGAGGUGCGAGACACCGGAGAGAGUGACGUCAUCCCGGGCAGCCCACAACAGUUCAGCCUGGUCGGAGGAGUCCUGGGAAAACCGUGCAUCACGUCGGGAAGAGCUUUCUGGGUGGUGGAGGUGGGGAAUAAGGUGGGCUGGGAGCUGGGGGUGAUGAGGGACGGAGCGAACCGGAAGGGCAAAGUGUCCUACAAACCCAGCGAGGGUUACUGGGCCAUCGUGCUCUGCGGUCAAAAAAUGUACGGCGCUUUUGAAGACCCUCCAGUCCUGCUUCAGCUCUCCUCCAAACCCUGGAAGCUGGGAGUGUUUGUGGAUUAUGAGGAGGCUAUGGUCUCCUUCUAUGAUAUGGAGGCUCUGUCACAUAUUUACUCAUUCACUCGGUGCAGCUUUAAUGGAGCCAUCCGUCCGUACUUCAAUCCUCAUCCCAACAAAGACGGAUCCAACUCAAGCCCGUUGGUCAUUUGUCCUGUCAAUCAAACUGACAUCUCUGUGUGAAAGUAAGGCCUGAUUUUGAGAGUUUGAAAUGUGAAGUAUCAGAAUAUUCAUAAAUAUUAUGAUUGCCUUUCGUUUAUGUCUUUGUUUUCUUCUUUGGUAUGAUAUCCUCUGUAGUACUUUGAGUGGUUUGAAAAGCAAACAAGCAUUGAGGUGAAAAUUAUACAUUGUACAUCUAGAGAUAUUUA